AUGUCUGAUACCCCACGUGGCCGCGGUCGUGGCGACCGCGGAGGACGUGGUCGUGGUGAUCGCGGUGAUUCCCGUGGUGGGGGACGUGGUCGUGGCAGAGGAGAUACGGACUUACCCUUCCGGCCUCCUAACCGUGGCGGUCGUGGAGGCGAUUCUGAUAACUAUCGCGGUCGUGGUGGCUACAGAGGCGAUGACUCCCGCGGUCGUGGUGAUUUCCGCGGUCGCGGUGAUAGAGGCGAUUUCCGCGGCCGUGGUGAUAGAGGUCGGGGGGAUAGGGGCCGUGGGGAUAGAGGCCGUGGUGACAGAGGCCGUGGCGGAGAUCGUGGACGAGGUGGCUUCGGCCCGAAAAUCUUUAAUGAGGGCCAACCUGUCCCUGUGCCCGAUACGAAUGUUCAGAAGCUGGAAGAUAGCUUGGCCAAGAACCUUGUCGUGGCUCGUCAAAAGACUCCAGACGGGCCUAAAUAUCCCACUCGGCCUGGAUACGGCACCAUCGGUAAACCCGUUACACUUUAUGCCAACUAUCUUGCUUUGACAUCUGUCGGCAAACAAUUGUUCCGCUACCAUGUUGAAAUCAAGGAUGGCCUGGGCACGGCCGAUAAAGCGCCCGUGGGCAAAAAGGCCAGACAGGUCGUGCGUCUGCUGCUGGAGGAACACUUCGCAUCGAAUAAAAAAGAAAUCGCAACGGAUUAUCGGAGCACUCUGAUUGCCUGUGUUCAGCUGCUCAAACAAGAAAAGAUUUUCGACGUGCGGUACAAGGAUGAGGGCCAGGACGAAUACCCUGAGAGCCCGCGCGUGUACAAGGUCGCUUGCCAGCCUACCGGACAGAUUAGUCCAGCUGCGUUGAUGGACUAUCUGACGUCGAGCAAUACCGGUGAUCUGCUGGAUUCCAAGCCCGAGAUCGUCGCCGCUCUCAACAUUAUCAUCGGUCAUCACCCCAAGACCCAUAAAGGAAUUGUGUCCGUGGGCGCGAACAAGCAUUUCAGCCUAGAGCAGGGUGGUAUCGAGAGGGCAGAUUUGGGCAACGGUCUUGAAGUGCUGCGCGGUUUCUUCAUUAGUGUACGUGCUGCUACGGCCCGUGUCCUUCUCAACGUGCAGGUCAAGUACAUGGCUUGCUUCAAGGAGGGUCCCCUCACCAUGGUCAUUGCGGACUGGCAACCUGAAGCCCGUUUUCGCAACCUGUACCGCCUAGAAGUCUUUUUGAAGCGUAUGCGCGUCAAGACCAACCAUAUCGAUCGCAAAACCAAAAGUGGCAAGCCUCGUCCAGGCCCUUUCAAGACUAUUUCCGGACUGGCUGCCAAACAGGACGGUAGAGAUUUGGCAAACCCGCCCAAAGUGAAAAACCACGGCGCUGGUCCUCGUGAUGUACUGUUCUUUUUGUCCAACCCCGACACUCCUGGUGGUGGUCCUCCUCCUGGUCCUUCAGGGGCAGAGCCUCCAAGUGCUCCAAGCAAGGGCAAGAAAGGGAAGAAGGCUCCACCAAAGGCUGGCCCCGCUCAAGCUGGCAAGUACAUUUCCGUGGAGCAGUUUUUCAAGGACACUUAUAACAUCACUGUGGAUCCCAGCUGGCCUGUGGUCAACACUGGCAGCCGUCAGAACCCUACUUACAUGCCAGUUGAGGUUCUCGAGGUCCCGGCCGGUCAGGCUGUUGGCAGCAAGCUGUCGCCCAACCAGACAUCUGCAAUGCUCAAGUUCGCUGUCAUGGGUCGAAAGCCUGCUGAGAACGCCCUGUCCAUUGUGACCAAGGGUGUGAACAUGCUGGGGGUGGGUGAGCAGCAAAGUGAAACUCUGGCCACCUUUGGGAUCAACAUUACUCCCCAACUCAUUACCGUGCAAGGCCGUGUGCUAGCUGCCCCUCAAGUCAUGUAUGGUGGGCAAAAAGCAAUUCGAGCCAUGUUUGGCGGUUGGAACAUGAAGAGCAUCAAGUUCGCCAUGCCUGCAGCCUUGCAGAAAUGGUCAUGGUUGUGCUUUGACACACCUAACUCACAGCGCUACGGAAUCCGAGACGAGGAGCUUGAUGCUGGUCUCAGAAACCUGACAAAGUCUUUACAAGAAAUGGGUGUUGCCACCAAUUCCCCCCUGCUGGGUAAUCGUGUCCAACUGAAUGGCAACAACGACUCUGAGGUCGUUGGAAGGGCUGUGCGUGAACUGCAAGCUCUUCACCAGCCGCAGCUGAUCUUAGGUAUCCUUCCCGCCAAGGAUACAGCAUUAUACAACAACAUUAAGCAAGUCUGUGAUCUUCACUGUGGUGUCAGAAAUGUCAACGUUCAGGCCGACAAGUUCCGCGGAGAUCAUAGGAAGGGAAUAGUUGGCGCCGAUCCCCAGUACUGCGCCAAUGUUGGUCUCAAAAUCAACCUCAAGAUGGGCGGCGGCAAUCAAUCCCUCCGUUCUCCCGACCUCGGCAUCUUCGGCGAUGGAAAGACCAUGCUCGUGGGUCUUGAUGUCACCCACCCUUCGCCCGGUUCAGCAGGCUCUGCUCCCAGUGUAGCCGCCAUUGUCGCGUCCAUUGACUCCAGCCUAGCACAAUGGCCCGCGGACAUCCGUAUCCAAGCUGCUCGCCAGGAAAUGGUGGACGACCUCGAAAACCUACUUAAGUCACGCAUUUUACGCUGGAAAACGGCCAACAGAAACAAACUACCCGAGAACAUCGUGGUCUACCGUGACGGCGUCUCAGAGGGUCAAUACGACACCGUCGUCAACACGGAGCUUCCCCUCAUACGCAAGGCAUGCACCAACACAUACCCAGCCACCGACACAAAGAAGGGACUCCCCCGCAUCGCGAUUGUCAUCGUUGGCAAACGCCACAACACCCGCUUCUACGCCACAAACGAAGGCGAUGCCGAACGCUCCUGCAACCCGCAACCCGGCACCGUCGUCGACCGCGGCAUCUCCGAAGCCCGCAACUGGGACUUUUACCUGCAAGCCCACUCAGCUUUGCAAGGAACCGCACGUCCAGCACACUAUUUCACCGUCUGGGACGAGAUCUUCAACGCCUCCAGCCCAGGCAAACCCGCCAAAGGAGGCGAUGCCAACGCCGCGGACGUCCUCCAGACACUGACGCACAACCUAUGCUACCUCUUUGGGCGUGCCACGAAGGCUGUCAGCGUCUGUCCGCCCGCAUAUUAUGCCGAUCUGGUGUGUACGCGUGCACGCUGCUAUCUGAGCGACCAGUACGAUCCUACUCCAUCCGCUAGCGUGGCGGGGACGGAGAGUGGGGAGCAGGAGACGAAUAGUAGUGUGGUUCUUCAUCCUGAUAUUGCGGACUCGAUGUUUUACAUCUAA